AACUUCAUUUUCUCUUUUUGGUGUUAAUCAUCACUUUCUCUACUACUUCCCAAGUCUUCAAUGGCUUCAACCACUCCUGAUGCUAGCCAAAACCAAGAAUCCACCAAGAACAGCAUCAUAUUCAGAAGCGUGAAAACACUAGCUGAAUCACCUGAACUCACCUCAGUCCCAUCCUCAUACACAUUUGCCACCAACCCAGAUGAUGAAUUAGUAACUGACCCUGAUGAUGAUGAUCCAAUCCCUGUCAUAGACUACUCCUUAUUGUUCACUGGCACACCUGAUCAGAGAGCCAAGACCAUCCAUGACUUAGGCAGAGCUUGUGAGGAGUGGGGUUUCUUCAUGGUGAUCAAUCACUCCGUGCCAAAGAGCCUCAUGGAGAAAAUGGUGGAUCAAGUCUUUGCUUUCUUUAAUCUUAAAGAGGAAGACAAGCAAGAGUAUGCAGGUAACAAGAAUGUGACGGAUCCAAUAAGGUAUGGUACCAGCUUCAACGCUUCAAUGGACAGAGUCAAGUUCUGGAGAGAUUUCAUUAAAAUCAUAGUGCACCCUGAAUUUCACUCACCAGACAAACCACCUGCUUUCAGGGACACGUGUGAAGAGUACUGCCGAAAAACCAGGGAACUGGGAAGAGAGCUACUCAAAGGAAUAUCAGAAAGCUUGGGACUGGAAGCAGAUUACAUAGAUAGAACAAUGAACCUUGAUCAUGGUUUGCAAAUCAUAGCAGCAAAUCUUUACUCACCUUGUCCUCAGCCAGAUCUUGCAAUGGGAAUGCCCCCACAUUCUGAUCAUGGCUUAUUGAACCUCCUCAUUCAGAAUGGAGUUUGUGGCCUUCAAGUUCUUCACAACAAGAAGUGGAUCAAUGUUAGUUCUGCUCCAAAUCGCUUCUUGGUCCUUGUGUCUGAUCACCUUGAGAUUUUGAGCAAUGGAAAGUAUAAAAGUGUGGUGCAUCGAGCAGUCGUGAGCAACAAAGCCACGAGAAUUUCGCUGGCAACAGUGAUUGCACCAUCCUUGGACACAGUGGUGGAGCCAGCUUCAGAGCUUACAGAUAAUCAAACCAAUCCAGCAGCAUAUGUUGGGAUGAAACACAAAGAUUAUAUGGAACUUCAGCGAACCAACCAUCUUUAUGGGAAGUCUGUGUUAAACCAAGUUAAAAUCUAAACUUUAAUAAAUUACUACCUAAAAGUAAGUAUUUGGCUCAAGUUAAAAGCAUGUAAAAUAGGCCAUAUAACAUGAGCAAAAGCAAGUAGUAUCACAUCAUACACUAUGAUUUAUGAGUUGUGUGAAUUUCUAUGAUUCAUGAAUGUCAUCUGCAUGCUAUAAAUGCAACCUCAAAUUGGAGCCA